AGAUGUAGGCUGAGUGCGGUUGUGUGGACGGAGCCGCUGGUCAGCAGGUUGUCGGUGACACACACACACUCAGAUCCAGAGCAGGAAGAUGGCGGUGAACGGAAACCAUUCUCCUCAGGGAGGAGUACUCAUCAACAACAAUGAGAGUGUGCUGAGAGACUGUAAGACUGUGGAGCUCUCCUUCAGUGAUGUCACACAGAAGAGUGACCUGUUCAAGGGGACCAAGAAGGGCAGUGUGUACCUCACACCUUACAGGAUGGUGUUUGUGAGCAGUAAUAUGAAAGAGAAGUUCUGCUCCUUCAUGUUCCCGUAUUACCUGAUGAAGAACUGCAGCAUUGAACAGCCUGUUUUUUCAGCCAACUUCAUCCAGGGCAUCAUUAAAGCUGAAGCUGGUGGUGGUUGGGAAGGUCAGGCUAAUUUUAAAUUGUCCUUCCCCAACGGAGGCGCUAUUGAGCUCGGACAGCAUCUCUUCAAACUGGCCUCCAAUGCGUCUCGUGCCCCAACACAGAGUGGAGCGAAUGUUUUUGCCCCUGCAGGCUACAUGAAUGGAUAUGCGAGUCCAGCGAUGCCUCAACCCUGCUACAACCCUUACCCUUACCCACCUGCUGCUCCAGGCGUGUAUCCCACAGUUCCACCCUACAUGGCUCCACCUCCUCCAUACCCUGGACCUCCUCAGAACUAACCUCCUCCAGUUGUUCCUGGUAACGCUAAAGCAACCGAGGCAGCUGGCAGUGCCUACUACAAUCCCACCAACCCGCACAACGUCUACAUGCCAACGGAUCAGCCUCCUCCCUACUAUCCUCCUCAGAACCAGCCGGAGAAGAAGAACAACUGAAGCCCCACUACACUCCUCCCUGUGAAGUCACAUGAUCGCAUGGUUAUGACAUCACAGAUUUUUCUCAGAUUGACUUAUACCGGAUAUUAGAACUCAAUCUUAAAUCCUAUUAUACACAUAUAUAUAUAUUGUAGUGUGUGUGUGAGCGAGCGAUGGAAGGGGUGUGUGUGUGUGAUGUAAUUGUUUAUAACCAGCAGAAUUUUUCUAAUUCAGCUUUUCUGCACCUUCUCACUGUUUUUAAUCAGACGUGUUUAUUAGAGUUUGUUAACGAGUGUAGAAAAAUCUCAAACGCUUCUGUUCAGCUGCUGCGUAGAUUUGCUGCUUAGCGACUUCGGUUUCCAUGGUUACAUACUGCGUUAACACAGGUUUAUUCACAACCUGAUUCUGUUCACUUAGGCGACGUGGUGUGUGUGUAGCAAUCGUACAGCACAGAUACACAAUCAAGGUAACAUGUUCAUUGGUGUGUUCAUUUACACUGUGUGUGUGUGUGUGUGUGCACGCGCUCUGGUGAUAUUGUAAACUGGUGUGAGUAAAAUUGAUUAUCACAGCAUGGUGUGUACACACACACACACACACACAUUAACUCCUUUGAUGUUUAUGAUUUGUUGCAGCUGCUGUAUUAAUGCUCUUGGUGAAUAAUUCUAAAUAAAUAUCUUGAAUUCA